CUGAGACAAUGACACCAGGAAAUAGGUGGAGCAAAUAUUGGUUGGCCUUUCUCCUCUCUUCCCCAGCUUCAAGCUAACAUCUUCUGGAUUCUCUAAGCCAUCUACUAUAUGCCUCAGAAGCAUUUAUAUUUAAUACUUUGCCAUGUUUGUGCAAUUACACAAAAGCAAAAGUCCGGGAGGUGGUAACGUACCAAUCCCCUCCCAGUUAAGUCCUCUUGCAUUAGAAUUAGUGAGUUCUUUUAGCAACUGACAUCGAUACCUCAAAAGCGCAUGCUGGGAAGAGUUUGGUAGCUUGGUGGUCAUGUAUGAUUACUUCUUGCCACCCGAAAUUAAUUUGUAACCAUGCAGAGGACUUGAAAAGUCAAUGUUUUGAAUGUGCCUUCUGGAAGUAUGUCCCACUAUUACUUUUUGACACCUGAAGUGCUUCUGCCUUUUAGUCCGCUUACAACUCAAGAAUUUCACAGGAUCAGACGUGAGGCUGGGGCAUCUUGGAAACGGGAAACUCGAUGGUCAGACAGCUGUCUAACAACAUACAGGGCUGCAUACUGGAGAAAAGCUUUGGAUGAUACUACCUACCUCAACCCUUCCUCUAAAACAAGACUAUACAACCCUCACCUGCCUAAAGUAUUUCUAGUAAGCAAACUCAAUCGCAUGCCUGGAUAUUACAACUCUCAAUUAAAAGAAGCUGCCCCUAAUAAAGGUCAAUCUCCUGACUUAACCCGUUUCUUUGAAGAUAUGGUUCAUGUCAAGCACUUAGUGGCACACCAGACUAUGUUUGGGGGGGUUUCAGCGAAGCCUUCAAUUUGUAGAAGAUCAAACGUGAAGAUGAGAAGCUGUGAAAGUGAAAACCUCAGAAGCGGCUUGCCAAAAAGGAAGACUCUUCUGAAUCAAAUUCGGCAGCAGAGUGCAUGCCCUGGGCCAGCGGCUGUCUGUUGACACGCUGCUCCUCCUUAGCCAACCUGGAAAGGCCUUUGUUGGCAACCCAGGUGCUCAAAAGAGUGAACGUUGCAGGUGAAGUGCCAUCUUUUAGGAAGAAAUGAUGCCUUUAGUGUGAGACCAAGCAAAGAUAAGUGCAACCUGAAGAGAGGGAGAAUAACGCUCAACCAAUUCAGGCCUAGGAGUCAGUUGGGGUCCUGAGCUCACGGCUAACCGGAGGGGCUGCUUCUGGGGACUUGUUGGGUAGUAAACAGCACCACUCUCA